ACAAUGUGUUUGCCGGAUGUAUGGUUUAAAAAAUGCCGAUACGGUUAAUGAAGCUCGCUUGGAACUUUUCAAUGAAGCUUAUAAAGCAAAAGACACUCAAGACAUGUUUAGAAAAAAUAUUUGCUAUUGUGACGCAUCAGCAGAAGUUCAACAGCAGUUAUUGCGAAGCUCAUACAUUACCAGUAUAUGGCUGAACGCAAACUUACAGCAGCCAACUAACAAAUCACCAAAGCAGUAUGGCUGGUCUCUUAAUAACAAAAAGUAUGAAUUUGUCUGGUUUAAUGGAGAUAAGUCACCAGAAUUAGUCGCAGAUGUACUUGAAAACACCGAGGAUCAGGAACAGAGAAUCAGACAUGGAUUCACGAGCAUCUAGUGAUUUAGAUUCAGCAGAGGAUGAUGCAGAAAAUUCCUAUCGGGUCGAAGACGAAGAAGAUGUAUAGAUUACACUACUCAUCAAAUUUUCAAAUUUCGAUUUUUACUGGGCUAAUGCUAGUCAUUUCUA